GAUUCCUUUCUCGUCGAAUAAUGUGGUAAGUCAGGCUCCGUUCUACUUCCGGUAGUUCUCAACAUUUCUGGACUCGCCUCUCCUUCGCUGGGUUGUGAUUUUUCUUUUACAGCCACGCAAUUCAGGGUCAGCAUGCUAUAUAAUAAUCUGAACAGCUCGUCAAUCUCGUCUACGACUUUGGGAAUGUUGGGGCAACGACGGGGAGGCCAACCACGCCGAACAAAGCCUCAUCUAUCAGCUUCCAACAGCUUAUGUCCCAGAAAUCUGGUGGAGAGCUUGUCGACGAUAACGCCAUAUAUGUCGGUGCAGAGAAUAUGGCAUAUUUUCGGGUGGAUAGUCCAGAUAUGCUCGAUUUUGUCCUCAAGUAUCACUCGAAGAAUGAAUCGAGCACCACAAUCAUAGUUCGUGCAAUCAGUCGAGCCAGUCCAAACACCUCCCCUCUCCGUAACUCCGCCGCAGCACGUCUUGCUGAUUCACCAGGAACUCCUCCUCAGUUCAAUGUAGUUGAUCCUCUGACUUUAGAACGGGUCGAGGAUCUCGUCGCCAAAGAAACUGUACGCCUUCGUGCGGAAAGAGUGCAGAUAACAGUGGAUGCGUCCAAUCUCGUACAGUUCCUUCGGCAUGCUGAAAACGACGGGAAGUCAAUAUUUCGGCUCAGCCUUGCCGCGUCCGACCAACAUAGUGAGGAUAUCACCAUUGAUUUUGCUCAACACGAGCUGUGGUUUCGUUGCCUUUGUCGAGGAAAUGACGAGGCUCAACGUUUCCGUCAGAUAUUCAUGCACGGCGUGAAGUCGAUGGAGAUACAUAAGGAAUCCCUCUCCACUCUCAAGGGAACUCGCUCGGAUGUGUGGUACAAGCUGUUGUGCUUUGCCCGAGACUUAGAAAGAGGGCCUGACCAACCGCAAGUUGGGCAGCGUUUCAACGCCAUAGAGCUCGACCCUGAUCAGUGCUUCCUCAUAUCUGAAUUGCACUUCGGAAACGAUGUCUCGUACAUCUUGAAUUUCCCUGGUCAGACGGGCCGAUGCCUCCAAGAAGUCUUGCAGCACACCGUCGAAAACGCUCAAGGGCCCAUAUGUACGGCACACACCCUAUUUCCUUUGAUCACUCGUUUCUUUGGGAUAGACAGAACGACCUUCCACGAUCGUCGCUUCAAAGAUGAGUACAGUGCCUUUGAGAAGGAGUGGAAAAAGCGUGCAAAGAAGAGCGGCAGACGCUAGCGGGUGUGUCAGAUUGGAAUUUGAAGUACAGUGCAUUAGUUUCCAGAGUUUUAUGUAGACCUAGGACAUGUUAUAGCUAGCCGUGGACGAUUAUCCACACGAAAGACAAAAACAUGACAUCUGUCCAUCUUACUUCGCUAAUUUCUCUGCACGCUCGGUCUCCUCUGUUUUGAACUCGAUGAUGUACUUCGAGUCCAAAAACUCCUUGACAGUC